UACACUCUGGGAGAUCUCUAUCAAACAGUGGACAUUUGGGGGACAUUAAGACACAAACUUAAGGGACAUAAAAUUUGGUGAGUCUUUCAUUUAAAAACAAUUUUGAAAAAAGAGAAAAUGGCGGAGAAGUUUGCUCUUGUUGAAAGUUUCCUGAGCUGCCAUGUGUGUUCAGAGACUUUCAGAGAUCCUGUGUCUCUGAGCUGCAACCACAGCUUCUGUUCAAGCUGCCUGCAAAAAUUCUGGGAACAAGCUAAAAACAAAAACUGUCCCAUUUGUAAAAGAAAAUCCUCAAAAGAUGAUCCAAAUGUGAACUUUGCUGGGAGACAGAAAGCUGGAUCAUCUGAGACAGAAAAAGGAGAGAAGGAGGAGGAGGUGGUGUGUAGUAAACAUCAAGAGGAGCCUAAAUUAUUCUGUAAGGAUGAAGAUAGAGCUGUGUGUCCUGUCUGUGAGUUUUCUCUCCACCAGAGUCACAAGGUGGUUCCUAUAGAACAAGCAGUCAGUGAGCUGAAGAACCAGCUGAAAUGUGACUUAAAGUCUCUGCAGGACAAGAGGGACAAAUACAAACAAGUGGAGGAAACAUACAAUGAAGUGAUUGAACACUCCAAGAAGCAGCUGUUGUCCACAGAGAGGCAGAUCAGAGCAGAGUUCAACAAGCUCCAGCAGUUCCUGAAAGAGGAAGAGGAGUCCAGACUGGCAGCUCUGAGGGAGGAAGAGGAGCAGAAGAGGAAGACUAUCAGCAGAGAGAUGAAGAUGAUUGAGGAGCAGAUCUCCUCUCUGUCACACAGUAUCUGUGCUGUUGAAGAAGAGCUGCAGAAACACAAGGUGCCAUUCCUCAGCAGUUAUAAAGCCACUCAGAGCAGAGCCAGAGUCCAGUGCUCACUGUCAGAUCCACAGCUGGUCUCAGGAGCGCUGAUAGAUGUGGCCAAACACCUGGGCAACCUGUCCUUCAGAGUCUGGGAGAAGAUGAAGGACAAGGUCCACUUCAGUCCUGUCAUUCUGGACCCAAACACUGCAAGUCCCCGUCUCUAUCUGUCUGAUGAUCUGACCAGUGUGAGACGUGGAGACACAAACCAGCAGCUUCCUGACAAUCCAGAGAGACACACUAAGUAUGUCACUGUUCUGGGCUCUGAGGGCUUCAGCUCAGGGAAACACAGCUGGGAGGUGGAAGUGGGAGACCAUCCUGACUGGAAUGUGGGUUUGGUUAAAGAAUCAGCUGACAGGAAGGGAGAGAGAUAUGCUACACCAAAAUAUGGAAUCUGGUGUUUAAAGCAUCGCAGUGGAAAAUACUUUGAUGGAGCUGGUAAGUCUGUCACAGUGAAGAAGAGUCUCCAGAGGAUCAGAGUCCAGCUGGACUAUGACAGGGGGGAGGUGUCCUUCUACAUCCCUGAAGACAUGACUCACAUCUGCACUCACAGAGACACUUUCACUGAGAAACUCUUCCCAUUUUUUGAAAUUGGUCCGACUGGUGAUGCUAAAACUGCUGAUAUCAAAAUGUGUCACAGUGAGAUUUCUCUGUGAUGUUCAGACAUGUUGGUGUUAGUGAAGACUUUACUCUGACUUCACUGUUUGUCUCCAUGUCAUUGGGAUAAUUAAGACAAUACACAGUUAAUCCAGAAAGAUGUGUUUCUAAUACCCAAACUGCAUUACAUUAUCAGGUGAUGAACUUUCAUGCAGGUACAAAUCAAGGCUGAUUUUUGAAUGAUAUAUUCUUUAACAUGGUCAUCAGCAUCUUGUUUUGAGUCAGACAACACUGUAUAGUAGUAUCAGUCAUCAGCUUUAGUUUGAGAUAUUAUUGGAGUCUUUUAUGAGGUAAAUCAGUUUUGGAUCUGUUGUUUUAUUCUGAGGAAACAAGUGGUUUCAUUUCCUUUUAUUUUAAGUCAGUCUUGAAUUCUUCAUACUGUAUGUGAUAUUUUUGUAGUGUAUACAUGGUCAGAAACAUGAAUGAUGAAUGACAAUGUCCAGUUUGUGAUCAACAUUAAUGAAACACCAGCAGUACAAUUCAGUUUAAUAUGUUUUCUGUAUUGAAUCAACUGUAUCUUUAUAAAAUGUUCAUCAGAUGGAUGCUGCUUCACAUGAUGUGUAAUUAAAUCACCAGCAGCUUUUAUUCUGAAUGAUGUGUCUGAGGUUGUUUCCACUUACUUUACAUACAUCUGUCAAAUAGUCAUGUGACUAAUUACAAGGAACAAUAAUCACAACCAGCUCACAUGGACACAUUUUACUUCCUGUAAACGUCACAAGAUGGAGACAAAGUCCACAUGUUGUUCACAGCCUGCUCAUUUUGAACACUGAAUGUUUGAUUUCUGUCACUUAUUUACAUGCAUAUUAUUGUUUGCUGCACAGGUUGAUCAAUAGUAGCAGCUCUUAGCAGUUUCUGAUCAAUAUUUAAAUACAUACUCUUCACAAAAACCUCAUUCUGUCUGUCAGACAUACUGUAUGUCCAGAGUAUCUAAGAAAUCCAUCACUGCUGUGGCUCCUGAUGUUGUUGUUGCUUCAUCAGGCACCAGUUUAGUCAAAUCACCUCAAAGACAUUAUUCAGAGUGUUUUUCUUUUGAGAGACCUGGCUGGUCAUUUAGAGUCUAAUUUGUUCAAACUUUCAUGCAACUUGAGAAUUGUGAACUUAUUACAUUCAGCCUUAUCUUUGGACUAUUUGACCGUAAA